AUGUCGGGCGCAAAACACUGGGAGCAGGACAAGGAAGCCACCGUGUAUGUGGGCAACAUCGACGAGCGCGCCACCGAUGCGCUGAUCUGGGAGUUGAUGGUCCAAGCAGGGCCCGUCGUGAACGUCCACUUGCCCAAGGAUCGAGUCUCCCAGUCGCACCAAGGGUUCGGUUUCGUCGAGUUUAAUGGCGAGGUCGAUGCCGACUACGCCGCGAAGAUCAUGAAUGGCAUACGGUUAUACGGCAAAGCCUUGCGAGUCAACAAGGCCUCCGCCGACAAGCAGAAGCCCCUGGAGAUUGGCGCGGAGCUAUUUAUCGGAAACUUGGACCCCAUGGUGGACGAGAAGAUCCUAUACGACACAUUCAGCCGCUUCGGAACCCUCAUAGCCCCUCCCAAGGUUGCGCGCGACGACAAUGGGCUCAGCAAGGGAUAUGGUUUCGUCAGCUACAGCAGCUUUGAAGCCAGCGAUGAUGCCAUCAACAACAUGAACGGCCAGUUUCUCAUGAACAAGGAUGUCAGCGUGCAGUACGCAUACAAGAAGGACGGCAAGGGCGAACGGCAUGGAGACGAGGCCGAACGAAUGCUCGCCGCUCAGGCUAAGAAGCACAAUGUCGCAGUCGAGACGCAACCGAUGCCGCCGGCACUGCUGCAAACCCCAACCCAAGCCGCACCGCCUCCGGCUGCUGUUGUACCACCUGCGAUGGCCACUGGCGGGUUCGAUCCAUCUAUGGCUGCUGGAGUUCCUCCACCGAGGCCAGUCGGCUUCGCUCCAUCACCUGGUGGCUUCGCUCCAUCACCUGGCGGCUUUACUCCAUCACCUGGCGGCCACCACCGUGGCCCUCCUCCUCCUCAGUUUGCUAUGAAUGGAGGUCCGCCGCGUUCAGGCAUGGGCCCGGGCAUGGGUCAACCACACGCGUUACCUCCGGCACCAUCAGGCUUACCAGCGCGACCACCUCCCGUCCAGAGCGGCUAUGGAAGUCCCGCUGACUUCCACCCAGGUGGUUUCCGAGGCCCAAUGCCACCUCCUGGCUUUGGUCCCCCGGGUAAUGGUGCUCCUCCGCCGCCGCCUGGAUUUGCCUCAGGCUAUGGUCGUUGA